CUUCAAACUUCAUUAGUGUCAGUGUAAUAAGCACUUUAUUGGUAACUUGUCUUCUUCUAUGGGUAAUAAGUUGCAUGCUGUUUAUAAUACAUAGUGUUAAAUAUUUAAAACUAAUUCAUUCGAAAUGGGAAAAUUGGACGUGAAAAUGUUGAGGAACCUCGGGCCUGAGGAUUUCCGAGUCCUCACCGCAAUAGAAAUGGGCAUGAAAAACCACGCGCUAGUGCCGGGAGCCCUGGCAGCUGCCAUAGCUCAUUUGAGACGCGGGGGCAUAGGCAAAAGGUUGAAGGAAUUGUGCAAGCACAAGCUGCUGAGCUACGACCGAGGUGACAAGUACGAUGGGUACCGUCUAACGAAUUCUGGCUACGAUUAUUUGGCGCUGAAAUCGCUGCUGCAACGCGAUGCAGUCGACGCCUUUGGGAACCAGAUUGGCGUGGGAAAGGAGAGCAACAUUUACAUUGUGUCUGCAGGGGGGCAGGAAAGGUGUCUCAAGUUGCACCGCCUUGGACGCGUGUGUUUUAAGAAAGUCGUGGAGAAACGUGACUAUCACAAGAACAGAAAGUCCGCCUCCUGGCUGUACCUGUCUCGCAUAUCAGCGACCAAAGAGUUCGCUUAUAUGACUGCCCUGUUCAAUCGCCAGUUUCCAGUACCUGAGCCUUACGACUUCAAUCGCCACUGCGUGGUAAUGGAACUAGUCAAAGGCACUCUUCUCAAUCACGUGCAAAGUCUGAACAAUGUGGAGGCUCUUUACGACGCACUGAUGAACCUGAUAAUGAGAUUCGCUGAAUAUGGAGUCAUUCAUGGCGACUUCAACGAAUUCAACAUCAUUAUCACUGAGGACGAAACCCCCGUCAUUAUAGAUUUCCCUCAGAUGAUGUCCAUUGAUCAUGCAAACGCGCAAAUGUACUUCGAAAGGGACGUGCAUUGCGUGAACAACUUCUUCAGGAAAAGGUUCGGCUACGAAAGCGAAACAUUCCCUCAAUUCUCAGACGUCGAGCGCUUCGCCAGUAUGGAUACAGAGGUCAAAUGCACAGGAUUUAAGAGAGAAAUGGCUCAGUGCUUUGAGGCGGCAGGAGAGCGACUCGACGACGAUUGCUCUGAAUCUGAGAAUGGAACGACCGAAGAAGCUGAUAAAUCAUCCGAUGAUCAAUCGGAACCGGAAGACACAUGCUCUAAAUUGGACGAAGUAAUUGAAGACUCCAAAUUGGCCGGAGACCUUGAUAAGGCAUUAGGACUAGAUGA